AUGCCGAGAAGCAAGUGGCCGAGACGUUCGGACUACUCGGUGUCCCUGGUGUCGGUGUGGGUGUUCCGGGAGUCGCUAGUGUCGGAGUGGGCGGCCCCGGUUACGUCGGCCCAGGCGUUAGUGUCGGCGUACCGGGCGUUGCUAGCGUCGGUGUCGGUGUACCUGGUGUGGGUGUAA